AUGGCGUCAGUAACAGAACAAUUCAACGAUAUUAUUAGCUUAUACUCAACAAAAUUGGAACACACAUCUUUGAGGCAAGAUUCACCAGAGUACCAGGGAUUAUUACUUUCCACGAUCAAGAAAUUAUUAAACUUAAAAACAGCAAUUUUUGACAGGUUGGCAUUGUUCAGUACUAAUGAGACCAUUGAUGAUGUGUCUACUGCUUCCAUCAAAUUUCUAGCAGUUGAUUACUAUUUAGGAUUAUUGAUAUCAAGACGACAGUCGAAUGAUUCGGAUGUUGCUCAAAGGCAGUCUAUGAAAUUGAUUUACCUGAAAAAAAGCGUUGAAUCUUUCAUUAAUUUCCUGACACUAUUGCAGGAUUAUAAGCUUCUAGAUCCUUUGGUUGGUGAAAAACUAGGUAACUUCAAGGAUCGUUAUAACCCUCAGCUUAGCGAAUUGUACGCGCAACCAAAAAAUAACAAAGAUUUAUCUGGAGCACAGUUGAAGAGAAAAGAAAAGAUUGAGCUAUUCCAGCGCAAUAAAGAAAUUAGCACAAAACUGCACUGCUUGGAGUUGGAAUUAAAAAACAACGACGAGGACCACGACCAUGAUGAAUUACUAAGAGAACUAUAUUUGAUGAGGUUACAUCACUUUAGUCUUGAUACGAUUAACAACAUUGAACAGAAUUUAUUUGAAUGUGAAAUGCUCUCUAAUUUCCUCAAAAAUUCCGUACAUGAAGUCAAAUCAUCAGGUACUCAGAUACGAAAAGAAUCGAAUGAUGAUGAUUCCACUGGUUUUACCGAUAAAUUAGAGAAUAUAAAUAAGCCAUUGAUAGACAAAAAAGGUCAAGUCUUGAGGAACUUCACGCUUGUCGACAAAAGGCAACAACUGCAACAAAAAGUGCGAGGAUAUGGUCAAUAUGGACCAACAAUGUCGGUGGAGGAAUUUUUAGAUAAAGAGUUUGAAGAAGGUCGCGUUCUUCAAGGUGGCGAAGAACCAGAGCAAGCACCAGAUGAAGAAAACAUGGACUGGCAAGAUAGAGAAACCUAUAAAGCUCGUGAGUGGGACGAGUUCAAGGAAAGUCAUGCUAAGGGAAGCGGAAAUACCAUGAAUAGAGGAUAG